GCCCUCUCCUGAGUUUGUGAUGGCACUUUAUAAACAUGUUUACGAAAGAGGAAUCCAAAAUUUUGUACCAGAGCUCAUACUUCUCACCUCAAAGGUUGUAGAGGUCGGGUGUGAGUUUUCUUCGAGCAGUGCGAGAUGAUGCAGUUUCAUCUCGAGGCUUUGCACGUACCCAGACAUCAAAUGGAAAUUUUUUUGCCAGUGAAAUCCAGGGCUCUGACUAACAACCCACACACUGCUAAGCUGUCAGAUUUGGCUCAAGCUGUAGUCCGAGUGGAGCUGUGUAAGCAGAAAGAGGACUGGCUCGCUCUGAGCCACGUGUUCAGCACAGUGUGCGGCGGUCGUCACAGCAAAGAAGAGCUGUCCAGGUUCUGCUGUCGUGUGACUAUAGCGCUGCUGAAAGAACCUAAAGACAAACUUACACUGCCUUACCAACCAUUUGCUGAGUCAGUUUGUCAGGACGUGGCAUCAAAUAAAUUGGUUAAAUGCUUUCUGGGACGAAUAGGAGUCUCGCUGAUGUACAGCUACCACAGAGCUCAAGAUUGGAGCAAGGGCGUGAAACUGUUAAGCACCAUGUUUAGAUUACAGCUGGAAUUCAAUACGCUCAAAGGCCUCUUCAGUAGCGAAAGCGGAGCGUCUCGUUGUCAACACGUCACCGUUGCGACGGAGUUCUUCCUCAACAGCGGCAGCAUAGAGGGAGCGCUGAAUACCCUCAAAGCUAAUGAAUGGUUCGUGAGCUCAAGCGCAUGGCCGUGUGAGCAGGCAGACGUACAGAACCGCAGAAGAGUCCUGACUCUGCUCGCCGAGAAAACGUCAUACAGAGACACGCUGGAGGUCCUGAGUAACCUGCCCGGGCUCAAACAGCCAGUCGAUGGCGUUCAGGCGAGCGAGUACGAAACGGUGUUUAACGCACACCUCCGAAAGUGUGUGACGAACCAGGUGUUGCCGGUUGCGGCGGACACUUUCGAGUUCAUGCUGACUCACAAAAUCCAGCCGGACACGUCGGAACUUCAACAGCUCGUCCACAAACUGGGCAAACAGAACAGCUGGAUUCGUGCCAGGACUCUUUUCAAACGCGCACUUUCGGGUGGUUAUUACUCCGGAGUCGCGUGCGAGAACGACUCCUUGGCCCUGCCCUGUUGUCUCACAGAAAUCGAGAUGACUCUGGCAUUCGAGAUGUUCGUCACCUGCAUCUGCCUUCAAAAUCCCACUGACGCUUCCCAGCCACUGCUAAUCACACUGAAACGGCGAACUGGCAGCGAGGUGGCGCCGGAGAGCGUGUAUUUAGCAGCCGGAUGUCGUCUGCUUUCAGCAGCACGGAUACCAAACCCCAAACUGAGCAUUCGUUACACAGCCGUCACUCAAGAGCAGGAGCAGCUUUUUAAACUGGACCGUGGCUCGGCAGCAAAGUGGCUCUCGCACAACUGCAGCUGGGCUCAGAGGAUGUGGGCCGGCUCACACACACACACACUCACACACACAAACAAACCCAGCUUUUCAAUAAAUCAGUCACAAUCCUGAGAAAAGACAGAUGUUGAAAGACCUUCUGAGAAACUUAAUAACUAUAUAAAGCAAUAUGAAGCAACAGUUCCAUUUUUUUUCAGCGAUCAUCAGUGAAUUUGGAAAAAACUAAUUAAUUCUUUGAUAAAGAAAAAAUUCUGUCUUGUUUAGAAAAGACUGAAGGAACUCAAAGGAACAACGUGUGAUCAGAUUUGGUUGAUUUUUUUUUUUUAUUAUUAUCAUUUUUUUCUAAAUGCAAUUUAGAAUUGGAUAUAAAGUUUAUAUAUAAUGUUAGUUAUCCAAAGCACUUUGUAGAAUCAAACAGUUUACGCUGCAGCUUUUUUCUUUUUUGCACUUCCUUUGCAUAUGCUUUCAAAUUGUUGGAUAUUUUUGGAUACUGUUUUUUGAGUCUAUGUGCAGCAGUUUGUUUUCUAGUUAACUAAUGCAGAUAGAAAAAAAGAAAUUGCCAUUUUAGAACUGAGAAAAGUUUGUUUCGUUUGUUCUGGUUUGAAAUAUUGUUGCAAAUAUUUGGAAAUAAAUAAGUGGAAAAAGUUGUACAAGA